CAUUUUGGUCAUACCGAUUUCAUGGAAUUUUGGUCACUUGCAUUGAUUCAUUUUUUCUUAACGGUCGCAUAUUUUAACAACCAUGGAGUAGCUCUCUCUACAAAAGAUUACGUUAUAAUUAUUUAACUAUUAAUAAAUAUAAAUAUAUUGUUAAAUUUAUAUAGUGUCAUUAUAUCUUGGUUUGUUAUUUUUAUUAUUUUUUUUUUUUUUUUUUGCCUGCCGCCAAAAGCGUGUCUGUGCCCCGUCGUCAUUCUGGACAAAUUACAACAUUGAAAAUAAAUUUAUUGGAAAAAAAAAAAUAAUAACAGCUUGACAUUAUUUUAAUAAUAUAAUAUUGUUAAAAAUGUCAUUAAACAUUCCAUCAGAGACAUUCCAAUUGUACGUGACUCAUGUUGAAGCUGAAGGGCCGUUACUCAAAAUAUGGGGUCAAAGCAACAAAGAAGAAGCGUCUAGAAUUGAAACAAUAAUACAUCAAAUGAGCGUCCAUUUUGAUCAUGGUAUUGGAUCAGUUGCACCUGAUACAUUAUUAAUUGCAAAUACAAUAUGUUGUGCUUAUCAUGAAGAUGGUUAUUAUCGUGCAAGAAUAUGUCGUGUAUUACAACCAACAAAUACUGUACUUGUACAAUUUAUUGAUUAUGGAAAUGUUGAAUCAGUACCAUUUUCAAAAAUAAGAUUACACAAUGAUACAACUGAAGGUAUUAGACUACAAACAUUACCAGGUGUUGCAAAUGAUUUUACAUUAUCUGAUGUAUUACCAUUUAAUCAUCAAUGGGAUCCACGUAUGGUUGAUUAUAUUAAAAAUUCAUUACGUUAUCAUGAAUGGCCAGCAUGUGUUGUUUCAAUUGAAGCUAAAAAACGUUGGUUAAAUUUAUAUUAUCAAGGUAGACGUUAUUGUGAUCAUUUGAUAUAUAGUAAAAUGGCUGUACCAGCACAACGUUGUGAAAUGAUUGAAAUUAUAAAAUCAUCACCAACUAUGAACCAUCAUCAUCAUCAUGUACAAAAUCAAUUAGCAAAACCACGUAAUCAAUUACCAAAUAAUACCAACAACAAUAAUAAUAAUAAUACAUGGAGACAAUCUGAAUCAGCUACAUCAUCAAAUAAAACAACAACAACCACAACAACAACAGUUAUUGAAAAAUCAUCAAGUAUACAACCACAACUUGUAUUUACAUCACGUAUAAUUGAUAAAAGUAAUCAAGUUUAUGUAACUGUAUCACAUGUUGAUGAUGGUCCACUUAAAUUUUCAAUACAAUUAAAAGAAACACACGAUGAGCUUCUUAAUCUUAUGAAAAAAAUAAGUAAUUAUCAAGCUAAACCAUUAUCAGAACCACCAGAUGCACCAGGUACUGUUUGUCUUGGUAAACAUUCAAAAGAACAUGUAUUACGUCGUGCUGUUAUAAUGGCUGUUAUUGAUUCACUUGAAGCUAAAGUAUUUUAUAUUGAUUAUGGUGAUAAUGAAAAAUUAUCACAUUCAGAUAUAUAUGAAUUACCAGCUGAAUUUAUAAAUCCACCACCAUUUUCAUUACGUUUUACAUUAAGUGAUGUACGUAAUUUAAUUGUUGAUCAACAAGUAAAAGAUUAUUUUUCACAAAUUGUAAGAAAUAAAACUUUAUUAUUACAUGUUAGACCAAGAGAAGAUUCAACUCUUAUACAAUAUUGUUGUUUGUAUGAUCAAAAUGGUAAAAGUAUAUUAGAUAUGAUUAUUGAUAAAUUUCCUGAUUCAAUAAAUACAUGGCCAGAAGCAAUAACAUUAAGACAAUCAUCACGUGAAAAUGUACAUGUAUCAUAUGUUGAAGGUUGCAGUAAAUUUUAUGUACAACUUGAUAAAAUGUCAAAACAUUUAGAAGAAAUAACAAAAGAUGUUGCUGAAUCAAUUAAAACAUCACCAAAUGUUAAACCUGAACAAAUUAAAAUUGGUGCAAAAUUUUUAGCACAAUGUACUGCUGAUUCACAAUGGUAUCGUGCUAAAAUAACAAGUGUACAAAAUAAUAAUAAUCAAGUUACAGUACAAUAUGUUGAUUAUGGUAAUGAUGAAACAUUACCAAUAACAUCAUUAAGAUCAUUAUUAUUUAAAAGUAAAUCAACAAAAAUUCCAGCACUUGCAAUACCAUGUAUACUAAGUGGUUAUGAAUCAGCACCAUUUAAUGAAGAAGUUGAUUAUAAAUUUGAAGAAUUGGUACUUGAUAAACCAUUAAGUGUUGAAGUCAUUGAAGAACGUGCAAAUAAAAGUAACAUUGUUAAUUUAUAUGAUAUAAGUACAAUGCCAAUUGUUCUUAUUUCACCAAUGUUGAAAAUUACAACAUCAACUACAACAACAACAGAAGUAUUAUCAACAGCUUCUACAAAUGGUGAUACAACAACUUUAACUGCUUCUACAACACCAACAGCUACUGUACCAGUUGUGGCUUCUACUGAAUUUGCUGUACCUGCUCCUGUAAUGACAGCAUCACCAGGACGUGGUGGUCGUGUUCAAAGGUCAGGCCUCAAAAAGCAACCUACUUUGGUGCCUCAGCAAAAAGCCAACACAAAAAAUACAAAAAAAAAACGUUAUGAAAAUGAUCUAAAUAAAUCAUUUGAAAAUACACCAGCUGAUAUACCAAAAAAAUCAUGGAAAGAUGAACAAAAUGAACAACAAAAAAAACCAUUUAAUCAGCAAAAACAAUGGCAAAGUGGUGGACAAGGAAGACAAGGUCAAGAACAACAAACUGAUGAUAGAAGAGGAAGACGUGAUUCAUGGGAUAAACAAGGUCAAAAUGAUGGUGCUAAUGAUAGAAGAAAUUCAUGGAGUAAAUCAUCAGAUAGACAAGGUCAAUAUGAUAAUAAUAAUAGAGGUCGAAAAGAUUCAUGGAAUAAAUCAUCACAACGUCAAACUGAUGGUGCUAAAGAUACAUGGAAUAAAUCAGCUGAUAGAUCUUCAAGUGAUAAAGAUUCAGAUACAUCUUCAAUGAGUGGUAGUGGUGGAGGAAGACGUGGUCAAUAUGAACAACGUAAUAAUAAUUUUAAUCAAAAAGACCAAAGACGUGAACCAAGAAGAAGCAAUGAUUUUAGUGAUAAACAAAAUAAUCAAAAUAAUACAUCAUGGGAUUCAGAUAGUUCAUCAAAACAACAAUCAAGAAAUCAAUCACCAAGAAAUAAUUAUAAUAAUUCACCAAAAGAAUUUAAUACAUCAUCACCAAGAGAAUAUAAUAAUCAAAGAAAUAAUAAUAUUAACACAAUAAAUAAUCAAGAAUUUAAAAUUCCACCACCAAAUAUAACACUUGGUGCUAUUAAAAAUUGUUUAAUUGUAUUUGUUACAAAUCCAUCAAAUUUUUAUUUACAAUUAUGUCCAGAUAAUUUAGAGCUUGAUAAUUUAAUGGAAAAAAUUGGUAAAAUAUAUGAAACUGGUGGAACGAAAUUAUCUAAAUCAUCAAUGAAAAUUGAUACAAAUUGUAUUGCUCAAUAUUCAGAAGAUUUAAGAUGGUAUCGUGGAGUUAUUAAAAAACUUGAAGCUUCUGGUGCAUUAAUUGAAUUCAUUGAUUAUGGAAAUACUGAAGUAGUUAAUUAUAAUAAUAUCAAAGAAAUUCAACAAGAUAUAUCAAAAUUAUCAACACAAGCAGUACACUGUAAAUUAUUGGGGCCAAUUAUUAAUAGUAAUUGGAAUAAUACAGAUAUCGACAAAUUUUCAGCAUUAGUAGAAGAAGAAGCACUUGAAGCUGAAUUUGUUGGUAAAGACGAACAAACUGGAGUGUAUGAAAUAUUGCUAAAACGUGUUGUUAAUGGUGUACCAUCAAGUAGUUAUAUUAACAGUGAAUAUGCACCAGGAGUUGAUUUAUUAAAAGCCAAAGAAAUGUUAAAAAAUAAAAAUCGCAGUGUUCCAUCAAGACAAACAAUGACACCAGCAAUAUCAUCAACAAAUAAUUAUGCUUCAUUUGAUGAUAAAUGGCUACAACGUGAAGUUGUUUUGUCUAGUACAGAAAAAGUUUUUAUCAGCUGGUAUGAAAAUCCAACAACAUUUUUUGUUCAAGCAUUGACAUCAGAAAAACAAUUUAGACCAAUGAUGAAUGAACUACAACUUGCAUAUGUCAAUAAAAAACCAAUAAAUGAAUCAAAUUUAACAGCAGGUACACCAGUUAUUGCAAUAUAUAAAAGUGAUGGUGCACUUUAUCGUGCUGAUAUUGUAAAAUCAAAUGGUGCAAAUGGUUACAUUGUUAAAUACAUUGAUUUUGGUAAUGAAGGUGCUGUACAAAAAAAUCAAAUAUUUAAAGUUGAUAAAAAAUUUAUGACAUUACCAAGACAAGCUGUUAAGUGUUGUUUAGAUUUAAUACCAUCACAAAAUGAUAAAGUAUGGUCUAAACAAUCAAUUGAACAAAUUGAAAAAAUACUUGAUGUUGAACAAUUAGAAUGUACUUAUGUUAAAGAAAAUUCUAAUAAUAUAUUUGUCGUGUCAUUGGUCAAUAAAGGUGUUGAUUUAAUAAAAGAAAUUAUUAAAAAAGGAUUUGGUAUUUUACCACUUCCACCAGUACCAACAAAACCAGAUAUCAUUGAAUCACUACCAAUGGUACAUGAAAAUAUUGACAUAAAUUUGUUGGUUGGACAAACAUUACGUGUUAAUGUUUCUAGUUUUGAAAGUACUGCUAGAUUUUUCAUUCAGUUACCAUCAGCAACAAUCAGCCAAAAAGCCAUUGAAAGUUUUAUGGCCAACAAGGAUCCAAAGGUGAUGAAAAAACUAUCAGUACGCGAGGUUACUCACCUCGGAGCUGGUUGUCUUGUACAAAUUGAUAAGGAAUGGCAACGGGCUGUUGUCAUUGAUUGUUCACAACAAUCUGGAUUUAAUGUGAGGCUCAUUGAUACUGGAGAAUAUCAAAAAAUACCAGUGAAUUGCAUGCUGGCAUUGCCAAAUCAACUGGCAGUAAUGCAGAAUCAAGCAGUCGAGUGUUUUAUUAAAAAUGCACAAACAUCAAAUGCUGAAAAUCAAAAACUCAAAGGAUUAAUUGAAAAGAAACAUGUUAUAAUUUACAUUGAAGAAAUACAAAAUAAUGGUAAACUUGUAGUUAAAUUAUAUGACAAUAUGGGUAAAAAAAUUAAAACAGCAAUGAAUGAGAAAGAUGAAGUGAUAAGUAGUGUAUGUCAGUUGCCAAUAUUAAACAUAGCAAAUAAUGUAAUAGUAACUCAUGUUGAACAUUCAAAAAGUAUAUGGAUUAAAAAAUGUUGUGAUGCUGAUACAGAUGCUAUAUUACUUCAAGAGUUAUAUGAUUAUUAUUCAACAUUAAAAGGUACACCAUUGUAUCCAGCAAUUGGUAAAUUAUGUGCUGGUUUAAGUAUUGAUGCAAAUUGGUACAGAGCAAUUGUAAGAGAAAUAAAUGACAAUGGUGCUAUUGUACAAUUUAUUGAUUAUGGUAAUUAUGAACAAUUACAUCCAGAUGCUUUAUAUGAACUUGAACCAAGAUUUUAUGUUAUACCACAACUUGCUAUUAAAGUUGGUAUAUCUGUUCUUGUUCGUGGUACUGAAUAUGAACAAAAAAAAAUAUUAGAACCAUAUUUACUUGAAAAAGAAUUUAUAGCAUCAUUGUAUAAUAUUCAUAAUAAUUGGAUUAUGGAAAUGGAAAUAACACCAGGUGAAAAAUUAAGUACAAUAUUAAAACGUUUAGAAUUGGUUGUUGAAGAAACAGUUGCACCAGUUGUUGAUCCAAAUGAGCCAAAAGAUAUAAUUAAUGGUGGUAAAUAUAUUGUAACUGUAACACAUGUUGAUAAUCCAACACAAUUUUGGGUACAAAGAUUAAAAGAUAUUGCAUGUAUUGAUCGUCUUCAAGGUGAUUUACAAAAUUUAAGUAAUGGAUUUAAAAGUAUCAUUGGUAUACCAGAAGAAAAUUUAAUAUGUGCUGCUGUAUAUUCAGUUGAUGAACAAUGGUAUCGUGCACAAGUUAUUGAUGCUGAUGAAGAAAUAGUUACAGUACGUUUUAUUGAUUUUGGUAAUACAGAUGUUAUAUCAAAUGUUAAUAAUAAUAAAAUUAAACAAUUACCAGGUGCAUUUAAAAGUGUACCAAAAUAUGCAAUUAAAUGUCGUCUUGAUUUAUCACCAAUUGAUCAAUAUGAUUGGUCAGAAACAGUAUGUCAACGUUUUGAUGCACUUGUAACAAGUUAUGAAUAUUUAAAUGCAAUUGUUAUUGAUAAUACAAAUCCAAUUAAAAUACAAUUAUUAAGUGGUACACGUGAUCUUGGUGAUGUUUUAAUAAAAGAAAAUUUAGCAAUUAAAAUGGAUAAUCAAAAUGAAUAUGUUGAUGAAAUAAUUGAAAGAGUACUUGAUCCAAAAUCAGCAUUUGUUAGUCAUAUUAAUUCACCAAGUGAAUUUUGGAUACAACAAGAAAAAUAUGUUCCUGAUUUAGAACUUAUUGCUGAUCGUUUUGUUGUUGCUGAUAUGUUUCCAGUAUUAAAUAAAAUUAAUCAAGGUACACUUUGUGUUGCUAAAUUUCCUGAUGAUGGAAUGUGGUAUCGUGCUAAAGUAUUAUCAACAUCAUCACCCAGUGGAAUUAAUGUUAUAUAUAUUGAUUAUGGUAAUUCAGCAAUUUCAACUGAAAUACGUGAAAUACCAAAUGAUGUUGCAUCAAUACCACCAUUAUCAAGAAAAUGUAGUUUAUUAUUACCAUCUGGUUAUGAUAAAUGGUCUGAUAAAUCACGUGAAGAAUUUAUUAAACUUUCUGGUGAUGGUGCAACAGUAUUUCAUCUUGAAAUUAUUAAUGAAAAUAAAGAUACUUCAAUUGUUAAAUUAACAAUUGAUAAUAAAGAUAUUACUGAUGAUUUAAUUAAAUAUUGUGAUAAAUCUUCUCCAAUUGUUAAAGAUAGACCAGCACCAAUUGGUGAAGAAAAAUUAUGUGAAAGUGUUUAUGUAACUCAUGCUAUAUCACCUGGAUUAUUUUGGGUACAAGCUGAAAAUAAAGUACCAGAUAUUGAUAUGAUGCUUAAUAAUCUUGUUAAGGCAUCAGAUUUUAUGAGAUUAAAUAAACUUGAAAGUGGUGUUAUUUGUGCAGCAAAAUAUCCAGAAGAUGAUACAUGGUAUAGAGCUCAAAUUGUAACACAUACAUCAAUUGAUGCUGAAGUACAUUUUAUUGAUUAUGGUAAUUCAUGUGUUGCAAAUCAAUUUAGAUUAUUGCCUGAUAAAUUAAAAAAUGUGCCACCACUUUCACGUCAAUGUGGAUUAAAAUUACCAGCAAAUAUUAAAAAUUGGUCACAAGAAGCAUGUGAUAAAUUUUUCGAGCUUAUUGAUGGUCAAACAUUUUUCAAUUGUCAACAACUUGAUCAAAAUUACGUACGUUUAUCACUUGAUGAUCAAGAUGUUUCAAAUAUAUUACUUCCACUUUGUAGUAAAACACCAAUUUUUAUACCAACAACAAUUAGUGAUAUGAAUGAUGUUCAAAAUUUAUCAAACAAUACAUCUGGUGUAGGUGCUUCAGCAGUUUCAGAAUCAUCAUAUACACUAAAUACUAGUCACGAAUUAAGUGUUGAUGAUAUUGUUGGUCUUUAUAAAGCACCACCAUUGUCAGGUAACUCUGUUGAAAGUGAAAAUUAUAAUGUACUUGAAAAAACAUUUCCUGAUAUAGAUGAAUUACCAUGUUCACCAAUGCCAGAACAAAUGAGAAGAGAAAUAAUUGGUUGUGAUGAUCCUACACUUUCACCUGGUUUUGAAAUUUCUACACCUAAAAUAAUUGAUCCACCUGAUACUAAAAUAAUUGAUGAAUCUGAAAUUAUAAUACCAGAUAUUGAAACACAAACUCUUGAUGAUGAAAUGUGUGAUUGUAUUGAAGAAGUUGUUUUAUCACCAUCAAUACCAUCACCAGUUGUUAGUGAAGGAGAAGUAUCACCAAAAUAUCCAUUUGAUAAUGAUGAAGAAUUUGUUAAUGAAGUUGAAAUUAAUGAUUCACCAGAAGCAAUAAUUAUACCAGAUGUCAUUAAUGAAGAAAUACAUGAAUACAAACUUGCAGAAGAAGAUAAUGAUGUUGUUGAACUUGUUGAACAAUCAAAUGUUACAACAGAUGAUAAUAUUAUGAUAAGUGAUAUUGCUGAUGAAGUUAUUGUUAAGGAUGAAUCAAAUGCUUUAAUUAUUAUUGAUGAAUUAACUGAUGUGGAAAGUGAAUAUUCACCACCUUGUCCAUUAGUUAUUGAUACUGAAACUGAUUUAAAAAAAGCAGCAAUUGAUACAUCAGAUAUUUCAGUUGAAGAUGUUACUCUUGAAGUAAUUACUUCUGAAAUAUCACCAGAGUAAUAGACAUCUUUUUUUUUUUUUUUUUUUUUAUAAUUAGAAAAUUUAUUUAUAAAAAAUACUGUGUAUUAUUAUGAGCAACUUGAGCAACAAUUAUUAUUUUUUUUUCUAUUUAGUUGGUAUUUAGUUGUAAGAAAAAAUUAUUGAUUAAUAUAAUUUAUUUUAGUCAUUAAUUUGCCAUAUAAUAUUCAUUAAUCAAAAUAUAUUAAUAAAGUCUUGAAAAACACAAAUGAAUCAAAGAAAAAAUAAAAAAAAAAAAAGUUAAUUGAAGACUGAUGUUUGUUGAAAUGGCAACUAAUAAAUAUUAAUAUUUUGUUUUUGAAAUGGUGCUUCCUUAUUUUUAAAUUAGGACACUGACAGUAUGAUGACUAUUUAUAUUCAUGUUCAUUUUAUUAUUAUUAUUUUUUUAAUUUAAUUAUCAGCUGUUUUUUUUUUUUUUUUCAUUAAUCAUACUGGAAGUAAUAGUUGUGUAUUUUUGACAAAUAUAUGAGUGAUAAAAAACAAAGAAAAAAAAAAACUUCGCUUGAAGCUGGAUAAACAUAGUUU